AUGAUAACAAUCAGCGAGAUUCCAGUUUCCAAACGGAACCAUUUCUCUAAUGCACCAAACCAGCACAAAUACCGCAAGCGGAAGUUUGAGUUCUCAUUGGGCUUCCUUCUGCUCCAGCUGCAGGAUACAGUGACCAUUGAAGAUGUGGCUGUGGUCUUCACCCACGAAGAGUGGGAUUUGCUGGAUCCUACUCAGAGGAAACUCUACAGAGACGUGAUGAUGGAAACCUUGAGAAACCUGGCUUCAAGAGAGAAGCCUUCUGAAAGUAAGAAAGCAAUUCCUGAGGCUUCCUCCCUCCCUCAACGUGUAAGUAGUCACAGUGGAGAGAUGCCUUAUGAAUGUAAAGAGUGUGGGAAAACUUUUAGAGAAUCCUCAGACCUGAGUGCACAUAGAAGAAUCCACAGUGGAGAGAGUUCCUAUGAAUGUAAGGAAUGUGGGAAAGCCUUUCCUCGACUCUCAAACCUCACAAGACAUAGAAUAAUCCACAGUGGCGAGAGGCACUAUGAGUAUAAAGAAUGUGGAAAAGGCUUUAUUUCAUCCACUGCCCUCACUGCACAUAAGCAAAUUCAUAGUGGAGAGAGGCCCUAUAAAUGUAAGGAGUGUGGGAAAGCCUUUCUCCGAGAGUCAACCCUCAGAACACAUAGAAGAAUCCACAGUGGAGAGAGGCCCUAUGAAUGUAAGGAGUGUGGGAAAGCCUUACUCCGACUGUCAACCCUCAGAACACACAGAAGAAUCCACAGUGGAGAGAGGCCCUAUGAAUGUAAGGAGUGUGGGAAAGCCUUUAUUAGAUUAGAACACCUUACAACACAUAGAAGAAUCCACAGUGGAGAGAGACCUCAUGAAUGCAAGGAAUGUGGGAAAUCCUUUCAUCGACUUUCACACCUCACAAGACAUAGAAGAAUCCACAGUGGAGAGAGGCCCUAUGAAUGUGAGGAGUGUGGGAAAGCCUUUGUCCAAGCAUCAACACUCAGAACACACAGAAGAAUCCACAGUGGAGAGAGGCCAUAUGAUUGUAAGGAGUGUGGGAAAGCCUUUCUCCAAGCGACAAACCUCAGAACACACAGAAGAAUCCACAGUGGAGAGAGGCCCUAUGAAUGUAAGGACUGUGGGAAAGCCUUUCGCCAAGCGACAGUCCUCAGAACACAUAGAAGAAUCCACAGUGGAGAGAGGCCCUAUGAAUGUAAGGAAUGUAGAAAAGCCUUUAUUUCAUCCACAGAACUCAAUGCACAUAAGCGAAUUCAUACUGGAGAGAGGCCCUAUAAAUGUAAGGAAUGUGGGAAAGCCUUUCUCCGAGCAUCAAACCUCAGAACACAUAGAAAAAUCCACAGUGGAGAGAGGCCGUAUGAAUGUAAGGAAUGUGGGAAAGCCUUUCUCCGAGCGUCAUCCCUCAGAACACACAGAAGAAUCCACAGUGGAGAGAGGCCCUAUGGGUGUAAGGAGUGUGGGAAAGCCUUUAUUCAAUUAGCACACCUCACAAAACAUAGAAGAAUCCAUAGUGGAGAGACACCUUAUAAAUGCAAGGAUUGGGGGAAAUCCUUUCAUUGA